AUGCGCCGUCGACCCUCACGUGCCAGAAGCACCGACGAUGCCCACUCUGCAGCACCCUCUUCGGCAGGUACCGAUGACGGAGGAUCGAAGAUCUCCAAAAGCAGUCGCCGAAGCCUGAAGAAAGCACCGAAGAGCAGCACAGUCGCCGCUCCAGCACCGAUAUAUGAAGAAGAAGAUGCACACUGGGAGGAGGAUGAUGAUGUCGGGCACAUGCCGAACCUGGCGCAGGCGCCUGAGGUACAUGAGAGCACGCACAGUAGACAUGGAAACUUCGCCGCAAGCCGUCGCCAUUCCGAGGACAGCACCUCCAGCCGCUUACGGGUCCGUCCAAAGCAGGGUUCUUCGAAACGUGCUGGAAGCUUUGCUAAACACUCAAACUCUUCCCUGGCCUCAAUAUUUUCUGGCUUGACUCAGCCCAGUACGGCUAGCGAAAGCAACACGACCAUCACAGAGAGGUCUGACCGUCGCCGGAAAGACAAAUCAACAAAGAGCAACAAGGUAAAGCGUAGCAGACGUUCUGCAGCACCCUCGGUGGCUGAUACAGAGGCCACGCAAUCCGAUGUAUUCCAGUUUCUAAGCGAAGAUGGGGGACGGGAGACGCAGCUCGAUGCACAGAGCGUCCUGGAAGCAUCGUCUCCAUCUGUCACCUCGUCCGUCGAUUCUCGUGCUGAUGACAAGUCGUCAGAUGCCGGCGAAGGUGCACAUGACACUCCGAGGACUUCUCCAACUUCAACAAGGAGAUCACUCAGCCAUGGCGUGCCCUACUAUGGACACUACCAGAAUCCAUCAGGAAAGCCAUUGUAUGCGAGCAGCUUCGUCCACGGACCAGGAGAUGAACCGGCUGAAGAGAGCGAAGUCUACAGUGAUGAUGAGAGCGCGUACGACGAUGACCAUACGCAGCAUCCGUCUCAAUCCGCGUCGUACUGGAGCCAUCCGGCAAAUCCGCCUCAACACGCACCUCAGCCUGCGCCGGGUCACGUGCUACAGAGCCCUCAGCCGCACUACAACGUCCCUUACCCCGGUAUCAUGUCUCCACAUAUCCAGCCCGCUGUACCGUAUGACCCACGGAUGUAUUCGGGCGCGUCACCAACCAACUUCAGUGCGACAGCAAGCCAAGCAUCAGGAUGGCCGCCUGCCGCCGCCUUCCCACCACCAUUGGCCAUCGGGUACCCACCAGGGGCAGCGGCAGCUUAUCCGCAACUUUCGCCUGUUGCGAGCCAUGCGCCUCCUAAUAUUAUGCAGUCUCCUGUAGCUCCACAUGCUGUGGCCGCGCACAACAUGGCUAUGAUCCCUCAGCGUUCCGUCCAGGGUCCCGGCAGUGAGACGUUGAUCGGCUAUGAGCUGCUGGCACACAAGCUUAGUGAAUUCAAGAAAGGUAGAAAGGAGGACGCUGUAGUACCUGCAUACCGUAAGUUCGAGGAACUGAACCACCGUGUACUGCUCCACUUGCAAGACGAGAUCAGCGAGCUCGAGGAUGAACUGCGUCAGCUCGAUCAAGAGAUCGCCGAAGCAUCGCCAGGUGCCCAAACGGGCCACCGCCACCCUGCCUCCCGACGCGGGGAUACCCAAUUCGGGAAUGAUGCACACCGGCGAAGGAUUGAAGUGCUAGGCCAAGUCUUCUUGAAGCUCAAACAGUACAACAAGGCAUUGUCUGCGUUCAAUGACUUGAAGCAUCUUCCAUCUGCCAGGUCUUCAGAUGUUGAAAAGUACCGAGCGUGGAUGAAGCAGCGCAAGCCUAUUCACGAGGCAGAGAGUCGCUUCCUCGAGCGCCAGGCCGAUCUAGUGACGUUUUCGUCGAAAAGGCACACAAGUGUUGAUCAAAGUGCGGGGGCGAGCCACCACACAGCCAUGUGGCUGCCCCUGCUGCCGUUUGUGGCCUUUUCGAUCGUCCCCAGCUUUCUUGGACGUAUGGUUGUGAUCGCGCUUAUCAGCGCGGCGGGGCUAAGGACGGUCACGACGGCGCCAGAGUUGACGGCAAUUAUGAGCAUCCGCGAGUGGAUGUACGCGGCUUCCAUGUGA